AUGCCCUCUCCAGAAGCCCAAGUGACGGAGAACCGAGUGGACAUGGGGGCCGAGGAGACAGGGACCCUUGGUCCCCCCAGGCAGAAGUCCUGGCUGGUGCGGCAUUUCUCACUGCUGCUGCGGAAGGACCGGCAGGCCCAGAAGGCCGGGCAGCUCUUCUCGGGGCUCUUGGCCCUCAAUGUGGCAUUCCUGGGUGGGGCUUUCAUCUGUAGCAUGAUCUUCAACAACGUGGCAGUCACUCUGGGUGACGUGUGGAUCCUGCUGGCUGUGCUGAAGGUUCUCUCCCUCCUCUGGCUCCUCUACUACAUGGCUGGCACCACACGGCAGCCCCACGCCGUGCUCUAUCGCGACCCUCAUGCAGGACCCAUCUGGGUGCGGGGCUCUCUCGUGCUCUUUGGCAGUUGCACCAUUUGCCUGAACAUCUUCCGAAUGGGAUAUGAUGUGAGCCACAGCCACUGCAAGUCAGAGCUGGAGCUCAUGUUCCCAGCUAUCGAGAUUGUCUUCAUGGGCGUCCAGACCUGGGUGCUCUGGAAUCAUUGUAAGGACUGUGUUCAGGUUCAGACCAACUUCACCAGGUGUGGCCUCAUGCUGACACUGGCCACAAACCUACUGCUGUGGGUUUUGGCCGUAACCAACGACUCCAUGCACCAUGAAAUUGAGGCAGAGUUGGACGCCCUCACAGAGAAGUUCUCAGGCAAUGGCACCAACACCUGCCUGUGCCUCAAUGCCACAGUGUGCGAGGUCUUCCGAAGGGGCUACCUGAUGCUGUACCCGUUCAGCACCGAGUACUGCCUCAUCUGCUGUGCCGUGCUCUUCGUCAUGUGGAAGAACGUGGGGCGUCACCUGGCAGGGCACGUGGGCGCCCACCCCAGGAGUCCACCCUUCCACUGCACGGGGCCUCUUUGGCCCCUGCUGGGCCUGCUGGCACUGGUGGCCGGUGUGUGCAUCUUCGUGCUCUUCCAAAUCGCGGCAAGUGGCCCUGACAUCGCCCGCCAGUACUUUACCUUCUACUACGCCUUCUACACGGCCAUCCUGUCCGCCAUGAGCCUGGCGUGCCUGGCAGGCACGGCCAUCCACGGGCUGGAGGAGCGUGAGCUGGACACGCUCAAGAACCCCACCCGCAGCCUGGACGUGGUGCUGCUGAUGGGUGCCGCGCUGGGCCAGAUGGGCAUUGCCUACUUCUCCAUUGUGGCCAUCGUAGCCACCCACCCGCACGAGCUGCUCAACCAGCUCAUCCUGGCCUAUUCGCUACUGCUCAUCCUCCAGCACAUCCUUCAGAACCUCUUCAUCAUCGAGGGGCUGCACCGUCGCCCACUCUGGGAGGCAGUGCCCGAAGGCCUGGCAGGGAAGCAGGAGGCUGAGCCUCCCCGCAGAGGCUCCCUGCUAGAGCUGGGCCAGGACCUGAGGCGGGCUUCACUGGCCUACAUCCACUCCUACAGCCACCUCAACUGGAAGCGGAGAAUGCUCAAGGAGAUCUCCCUCUUCCUCAUCCUCUGCAACAUCACACUGUGGAUGAUGCCUGCCUUUGGCAUUCACCCGGAGUUUGAGAAUGGCUGGAAAAGGAUUUCUUACGGCUACCGGGCGUGGUUCACCAUCUGUCAACUUUGGCCUGCCUUUGGGGUCUUCUACCGCAUGCACUCUGUGGGGGUCUGGGUGGAGGUCUAUUUGCGGGGCCUGACACUGUUCAGGAGAAGCCCACCCUCAGCAGAACCCUGA